UGACAGCGAGUAGACGAGACGCAAGAAAAUCCACUGGAUAGAAAAUCUAGGGUUUAUAUACAAAGAAAACUCUUGCAUCUCGUAAUUUUUCCAAACUAAAAUCCUCGCGUUAUACCUGAAAAAAUUAAUACCAAACAACAGCAAUAUCUCGGCCAUAUCAUAGAUUAUCUAAAAGUGCAAUAGUUUAUUAAUAUAAAUCAAUCAAAAUUUGUGUAUUAAAAAAAGACGUGAGUGAAUUUUAAGAAAUCCUUUUGUGUAGAAGAAGUAGAAAAAGAUCAAAAGUGCCGAAAAUAUAUUUUUGUGUGUUUUCAACAUUAACCAUUGCUCUCGCUCACACUUGGUUGUUUUGGGUUUGUUGCUUCAUUAUCAAGUGCUUUGUUGGAUAUAUCUUGCCUUUUCUUUCUUUCGUCCAAGUGUCGAAAUACUUUACUACAAUUUUGUGUUUGUUUAUUAUUUUUCUGAUUUCUGUUACUUGUGCCCUUCCCGCUUGUCCAUUUACGUUGGAUUUACUUUCUCAAGUGGGACAGAGACCUAUCCAGAGUCCAGACAUAUUUUUGUUUUUUCAAAAGUGCACUUUUCUAAAUUCCCUAGAAAACAAAUCAAGAAACCAUCAACCAUCCCGUGCCUGUGUCCGUCGUGAAACAUAAGGAAAAGUGUGGGAGUUUCUGGGGAAGGUGAAGAUUGAAUACCCCUUUGGGGCUGAUUGUGGUUACCCUGAACGCUACUGUAGGCAAUUUGCUUCAUGUAGAGCUCAUUUGAAGAGAACAAAUUGUGUAUCGCGCCAAGGGAAUCAAGUUUAUACAAAAAUGAUUUUUUUGUGUUUUGUUGGUAUUGUUUUAAGGUGCAUAAUGACAACGGCAUGUGAUUUGUAAUUUGUGCGCAAAGUACCUCGAGAUCCACCACCAACAUCAACAAUUCCACAUUCCGAAUCACCAACUGUCACCUUCUUGGACCAAGUGUGCCUGCGCCUUUUGUCAUCCCGAUACCAACAUCGAUAGGUACAUCUUGGCUACGUCAUAGUCAUCUGUUAUCAUCGCUUGCUGUUGCAUAUUUUUGCAUCAUUUCAAUUUCAAUUUCAUUAGUGUGUUGCACUUUGUAUCGUGUUGUGUUUUGGUAAUGCGUUGGUACGUGAAUUGUGUGUUUAUUAUGUAUUUAUAAAUAAUUUCGUGGACUUGUAAAGUUGAAGAGAACGAAAAAUUACCCCUCGCGCGAAUGAAUAAAAAGGAAGAAUUACUAAAUUUGUAAAUUUAAUUGAACAACUUUCGCCGAAUGGGAACGAGAAUGGCUUGGAAGCCAUCAGCACCUCGAGGAGAAUGGAUAUGCCAAAGUUUUGUGAUAUUAAUCGUAGGAGUUCUUCUAAGACAACGAUGUGUUCUUGCCGCCUUGGUUUCCACUACCAGCUUAACGACAACGUCAACGACGACGACAGCUUUAUCAACUACUCCAAUGGUUCACAAUUCCCCAGCAACUCUGCUCUUCACGACGUAUCGUGACAUAAAAAUGGCAAACAUAACCCGACUAGCAGGAACGCCAGCUGUUGAAGUGAUUGCAAAAGAUCUAAUGGAAACAAUGGCCAUUGAUUUUUACUACGAAAAAAAUCUAGUGUGUUGGGCCGAUUGUGGCCAAGAGAUAAUUGAGUGUAUAAAUGUUAGUGCAACAACCAGCUCGAAAGCCGUCAAACAGUCAAUAAUAUCGUCAGGGUUAGACAAGCCUGAAGGAUUAGCUAUUGAUUGGUAUACUGACAAGAUCUAUUGGACCGAUGGCGAAACGAAUCGAAUAGAAGUUGCAACACUAAAUGGCAAAUAUCAGAAGGUCCUUUUCUGGGCAGAUUUGGAUCAACCUCGUGCGAUAGCUUUGGUUCCGAAAAGUCGCCUAAUGAUCUGGACCGAUUGGGGAGACAAUCCUAAAAUAGAAAGAGCCAGUAUGGAUGGAGAUCCAUUUUCGAGGAUGACUCUGGUUAAGGAUGAUCUUUUCUGGCCAAAUGGCCUAACCGUGGACCUUGAAAACGAACUAAUCUACUGGGUCGAUGGAAAGUUAUUGUUCUUGGAUGUGAUGAAUUUGGACGGCAGUGGACGUAGAACGGUGAUUAACAACCUUAAAUAUCCCUACAGUUUGACGUUCUUUGAUCAACGCCUAUAUUGGACAGAUUGGUCUGUGGGAUCAAUCAAUACAUACGAUUUAGUCACCAAAGAAAUGAAGGAAUUGAUCGACACUCCGGAAUUUCCUAUUGCUGUGAGAGCAUGGGAUGGUUCUUUGCAGCCUUUUGAGGAUAAUCCAUGUGCUCAAAACAAUGGAAACUGUUCUCACCUUUGCCUACUAUCUACUAAUUCUCAGGGUUAUAGCUGCGCUUGUCCGACAGGAGUCAAACUCCUCACGCCAUAUACUUGUGCGAAUGGCUCCCAGGAGAUGCUUUUUCUAGUACAACGGACCCAGAUUAGUAAAAUAUCUUUAGAUCUGCCUGAUUUUACCAUAUUUCCGUUAAGCCUUGGUAAAGUGAAAUAUGCAAUUGCCAUCGAUUAUGAUCCAGUGGAAGAAUACAUAUACUGGUCAGAUGUGGAACUCUUCGCGAUACGUCGAGUCCAUCCUGAUGGUACGGGGCUGCAAGACUUUUUAACCUCCGAAGUGAAACAUCCAGACGGACUGGCAGUAGACUGGUUAGCUAGAAAUCUCUACUGGACAGACUCAGAAACUGAUCGCAUUGAAGUUUGCCGACUUGAUGGCUCAGCAAGGAAAGUUUUAAUCUAUGAGCACUUGGAAGAACCAAGGGCGAUUGCCUUGGCACCAAGUCUCGGCUGGAUGUUCUGGAGUGAUUGGAAUGAAAAGAAACCAAAAGUUGAACGAUCAUCUCUCGAUGGAUCAGAGAGAGUUGUGCUGGUUUCUGAAGACCUGGGCUGGCCAAAUGGAAUUGCAUUAGAUAUUGAAGCGAAGACAAUUUAUUGGUGUGACGGAAAAACAGACAAGAUUGAGGUUGCUAGCAUGGACGGGUCUGAUCGGAGAGUAGUCAUCAGUGAGAAUCUGAAGCAUCUUUUUGGACUCAGUCUUUUAGAUGACUAUCUGUAUUGGACCGAUUGGCAACGUCGGUCAAUUGAUCGAGCACAUAAAAUUACAGGGAAUAAUAGAAUUACUGUAGUUGAUCAAUUUCCAGAUUUAAUGGGACUGAAAGUGACCCGCUUAAGAGAAAUAAAAGGAACUAAUGCUUGUGCAAUUGACAACGGAGGUUGUUCUCACCUUUGUCUUAAUAGACCUCGUGACUAUGUUUGCCGGUGUUCAAUCGAAUAUGAACUUUCAAAUGACAAGAAAACAUGUGUCAUUCCUGAGGCGUUUCUUUUGUUCUCCCGCCAGGAGCACAUAGGUAGGAUUUCUAUCGAUUAUAACGAAGGAAAUCAUAACGAUGAUGUUAUUCCCUUCAAAAACGUUCGCGAUGCACAUGCUCUUGACGUGGACGUGGUAGAACGUAGAAUAUAUUGGACAGACCAAAAGUCAAAGUGUAUUUAUAGAGCUUUUUUGAAUGGUUCCAUUGUGCAGCGAAUAGUUGAUGCUGGAUUGAUUCGGCCAGAGGGAAUUGCUGUCGAUUGGCUGGCACAUAACAUUUACUGGACAGAUUCUGAAGCGAGGCGUAUUGAAGUUGCUCGACUAGAUGGAACCAGUAGAAAAGUAUUACUUUGGAAGGGAAUCGAAGAGCCACGCAGCUUGGUAUUGGAUCCAAAAAAAGGAUACAUGUAUUGGACGGAAUCCCCAUCAGAUUCUAUUCGACGAGCUGCAAUGGACGGGUCUGAAUUAAUGACCAUAAUAUCAGCAGCCAACCAUGCAACUGGACUAACAUUGGAUCCAGAAACAAGACGUCUUUACUGGGCUUCACAGAGCAGACCAACUAAAAUAGAAUCGGCUGAUGCCGAUGGAAAAAAGAGACAAGUUCUUGUUGGAACAGAUGUGGACGAGCCAUACGCAGUGUCACUCUAUCAAGACUAUGUUUACUGGAGUGAUUGGAACACUGGUGAUAUUGAAAGAGUUCACAAAAUUACUGGACAGAACAGAAGCUUAGUGCAUAACGACAUGACAUACAUUAGUUCUCUCUUGAUUUUUUACAACAAUCGGCAGACUGGAACUAACGUUUGUCGCAAUAAUAACGGCGGAUGUUCACAUUUGUGUCUGGCACUGCCAGGCAGACGAUCAAUGACUUGUGGAUGUCCAACGCAUUUUACAUUAGCUAAAGAUAACGUGGGAUGUUUACCACCAAGGAAUUAUAUCAUAUUCAGUCAGCGGAAUUCGUUUGGACGUUUGCUUCCCAACACUUCGGACUGUCCUGAUGUUCCACUUCCAGUAAGCGGGAAGAAUGUUCGAGCUGUGGAAUAUGAUCCCAUUACAAAUCAUUUAUAUUGGGUUGAGGGUCGAAGCCACAGCAUCAAAUGGUCACCAGUAAAUGGCACAAGAAUCACAACUUUAGUUGGAUCAGGUUCGCAGCCAUUCGAUAUUGCAAUUGAUGUCAUUGGACGACUUCUCUUUUGGACUUGUUCACAUACAAACACUAUAAAUGUCACAAAUUUUAAAGGAGAAUCAAUUGGAGUGAUUGACACUGGUGAUUCGGAAAAACCACGAAACAUUGCCGUUCAUGCUAUGAAGCGUCUUCUGUUUUGGACAGACGUCGGCAGUCAGCAAGCGAUUAUGCGUUCCCGAGUUGAUGGUGCGGAACGUGUGAUUUUGGCAUUCAAAUUAGAAGGUGUCACUGCUUUGGCUGUGGAUCAACAAACCGAUAUGGUUUUCUAUGCCCAUGGAAAACGAAUCGAUUCGAUGGACAUAAAUGGCAAGAAUAAGAAAAUACUCGUAUCUACGCAUAUAAGUCAAGUUAUUUCUAUAGCUGCAUUGCAAGGAUUUGUUUAUUGGCUCGAUGACAAGACUGGUGUUGAGCGGGUAACAGUAACUGGAGAAGGCAGACGACCUGAGAUUCAACGACUUUCUCAAAUCACUGAUAUUGUAGCUGUAUGGACACCAGAAUCAAAGCUCUUCCGAAAUCAUACAUGUUUACAGGCUAAAAAUAAGUGUUCGCACAUUUGUAUCGCAUCAGCAGAAGGUCGCUCAAGAGAUAUCUGCUCAUGUCCACAAGGUUUAAUGCUUUUGGAGGACAAACAAAACUGCAGUGCUCUUCCUGCAUGUGGUCCCGACUAUUUUACCUGUGCAGCGCCAGUUUCGGGCAGUGGACCUAAUAACGACCACAAUAAAGAUUGUAUUCCAGCUUCUUGGCGAUGUGACGGUCAAAACGACUGUCCCGACAAAUCGGAUGAAGUUGGAUGUCCGUCUUGUCGGCCCGAUCAAUUUCGAUGUCAGUCGGGUGAAUGCAUCGAUAAGAAUCUUGUAUGUGACGGAACUACAAACUGUGCCAAUGGCCAUGACGAAGCAGACUGCUGCAAGCGUCCCCAAGAUUUCCAAUGCCCCAUCAACAAAGUUUGUAUUGCUUCUUCAGAUCUUUGUGACGGCUGGGAUCAUUGUGCUGAUGGAGCUGAUGAAAAUCCCGAAAUUUGUAGUCAAACUAACCAACGGCCUAGUGUAAUUGUGCCAGCUUCUGAUAAAAAAGCAUUCAUGAUCCUCAUAGUAGCGACAAUGAUUACCAUUUUCUCCAUUGUCUAUAUACUACAGUUUUGUCGUUCUCGCUUGGGUAAAAAUCGCAACGAACCAAAAGACGACCAGGCCUCUGAUCCCCUCUCGCCAACUUUGAGCAAAAGUCAACGUGUUUCUAAAAUAGCGUCUGUUGCUGACGCAGUUAGAAUGUCAACGCUUAAUAGCCGAAAUAGCAUGAACAGUUACGAUCGUAAUCACAUCACAGGCGCCUCCAGCUCAACUACAAAUGGCAGCAGCAUGGUUGCGUAUCCCAUAAACCCCCCGCCUAGUCCAGCAACCCGAAGCCGGAGACCUUAUCGACAUUAUAAAAUCAUCAAUCAGCCACCCCCACCGACGCCGUGCUCCACUGACAUAUGCGACGAAAGCGAUUCGAAUUACACUAGUAAAAGCAAUAGUAAUAAUAGCAAUGGUGGGUGUGUGGGAGGUGGCAGUAGCGGUGCCACUAAAUUGUCUUCCUCAGCACAGUACAAUUACGAUAGUGAACCAUAUCCACCGCCACCUACUCCCCGAUCACAUUAUCACAGCGAUGUGCGAAUAGUACCGGAAAGUUGUCCGCCAUCGCCGAGUUCGAGAAGUUCCACGUACUUUUCUCCAUUACCACCACCACCUUCACCAGUGCAAUCACCCAGUCGGGGGUUCACGUAACAGUUCGAGAUUUUCAUGUAAGAGUUUUUUUUUAGUGUAAAAAGUUAAGCUUCUAUAUUUUAGGAAGAAAAAAUAAGUUUUUACUGUUGAAAAUGCAUAUGUUCUGUAUCUUUUUUUGAGAAAAAAAAACUCUCAAAGAAAAAGAUACAAAUGUCUGGAAAACGAUGUGCCAAAUAUACAAAAAGUUUGAAUGAGAAGUGAUUAUUUAAAGCAUUAUGACAGAUAGAAAAGGCGCAUAAUUUACGAAAAUGUAUUAUUUUACACAUAUGCCCACUUCUGUGAUGAGAACGUUAUGUCAGGCAUAAACCAUAUGGACAUUACGUUACUUUAAUAUCUUCAAAAAUAACUAUGUUAAUUUUAAAUUGAUUUAAUCCAUAUCACUAUUAUGUGUUAAAGUUCAUUUUUAAGCUUUUGAUUUUAUAAAUUAAUUAUUUUGACAAUUCAAUAUAAAUGAAAUGAAAUUUUUGAUAGUUGGGCAUUUUCAUUGCCUAAAAUAUUGUUAUUUCAAUUUAUCCGUCCCGCAAAAAUGUAUACAAAAUGUAUUAGAGUAGGUCUAUACAUUUGUUGUACAAGUUAACUUCAAAAAGAUCGCUUUACAAAAAACUGUGCAAUUGUACAAACUGUCAAAGUUAAUUUUAAUCUAUUCUUAAAUCAUGUCCCUACUGAAAUUAUAGAUAAUCAAAGUUUAUAGAUAAUAAAACAAAGAUAGUUCAAAGUUCAAUGGCUGCGUUCAAUCUCGUGUUGGAUAGGGUAUCUUGGAUAGGUGGAUUUUUAGAUACGUUGUUGAACGAGUUAGAUAACUGUAUUGAGAUAGCUCUCAACUAUUAAAAACAACUUUCAGCUAUUCACAAAAAGCAGAGAAACAUUUAAGCUUCGAAGUCAUAAUGUUGUAAGAUAAAAUAUUUAAGGGAUAAUUCAAUUGAUUCGUCGGACGAUGAGGAAUUGAUAGGUGGGUAACAAUUUAAUAAAUAAGAGAUAACCUUCAACUUCAACUAACUUUUUGUAUCCUUUUGUUUACAAACAAAUACAAAAAGCUGAAUUCAAUGGUCGCAUUCAAAAAGCUAGUGGCUACGUAGUCAAGCGAUUCUGAUUGGCUAAAUCUAACUACAAAAGUAGUUGAAAUUUCCCCUUCGACGUAGUGUUAAAAAUUCGGCUACAAAGUUAGUGGAGACUGGUUUUGACGUUUCGUAAUCAGCUGUUCGGUAAAGACACACCAAUUCAAAAUUAAAUAAAUCGUUCAGUAUUUAAAUACAAAUACAAAUCAUUCAAAUUGUGUUCUAAAUUUGAUUUUAUUGAAUUUAAAAGCACAAAAACACAAUAAUAAUAUGACAGUUUUAGAUUUACUAGCUUUGUAGUGUAGUUUUGCAUUCACAAAGCUAGUUGAAUUUUGACUACGUAGCCACUAGCUUUGUGAACGCUACCAAUUUUCAAGUUUCUUGAAAUUCAACCAUGAGUUGAAUCAGCUGUUCUGUCAGAUACCUACGAGUAUAUUCUUGGAUACCUUUGGAUUCCUUUCUUGACAUAUCAGAUGUUUUUGAUCAGCUCUUAUUUUAGACGUAAAACACUAACAAAAAGGUAUCCGGAUACCCUAUCUGUUUGAAAUUCAACGCAGCCAAUGUGAUUUAUUUGAGUGACAUCCAAUGAUGUUUUGGUCGUCAACAUAAGAGGCUACCAAACGAGAAUUGUAAUAAUCUGUAUUCGUGGGAUAAGACUUCAGCUCCUUACAAUUUGUCUUUGAUGAUCGGAGCCUGCAUCACAUUGUUCAUCAGUUUUUUAAGAGACAACAACUGCACAAUUUUGGAAACUAUGAUUCCAAAACAUAGUUAUCCACCCACCGUCAGCUCUAAACUAUGCAGCAGAGUUCCUGGAACAUCAAACGAGUUCAAAAUUUACGUCGUCAGCCUUUCAAUAAAUUUGUAAGAACGAAAUUCCAGCUAUCGAAGUUCUUAUUCAUCGAUGCUAGUAGUUUCGUUUAAACUUCAUGGAAUUAAGACUAGAAGAUUGAUCUCUUAGCAAUUUGAAUAUAUUUCGUCUAUCGUGCUUUACAUACUUGUGUAUCUUGGAUAUAAUAUUUAAUAUUUUAUUUAAAUCAGAUCCGAAUCGACUGAAUUUGGAUUAGUAUCUCCAAACGAAAAUGUAUUGGUUCUGAUGAGGCUUGGUGAACUCUUACCUGCCCUCCAAAUUUGUUUUCGGAAUUUCAGUCUUUGAGGAAAUAUUGAUAUCAAUUCGUUUUGAAUUGCUCUUUUACACAUAAAAGGGAUCAAAAUUUUAACUCACUAUAAAGUUCUGAACUUUUCGAAGUGCAUAAUUCACCAUCUUCCUACAUUGACCUACCCUUAGAUUUGUGUGUAAGACUUUUCUACUCACCAUUUUGCGCACAUUUCUUAACAUCCUUUAUGAUUAAAAACAUGUAACUACCUCAACAACUUUUAAAUACCCAUUAUUUUCAAUAUUGACCUUUCUGCCUGUCAAAUGCUUUGAUUAAAAACUACUACCGAACACCCAAACGAGCUUAUAACUGUUAAUAAUAUAUUUAUAAUCUAUCACUUAUAUUUUUAAUAAGAGAAAUGUAAAAUAAGAUGUAAAUAGUUUAUUUUCGUAUUGAAAUAAAAUUUAAGAGUAAAAUAGGAAUACAAAACUUACAUACAAUUAUCUCUUUAACCAAAAAGUGCCUCAUUUUUAUAAAAAAUAAAAAUAAAAUAAAAACAACUUAAAUAUUAUUAACGAAAAUCACUUAGAUAAAUUAUAUUAAAUUUUUAAAUAUGUAUUGUAUGUAAUUAUUUAUGUUAUAACCUACAACAAAAUUUUCAAACUUGUUUUCUAUUAAUAUUUUUAGUUAAUUAAAAUCGUUGUUAUUCCGAUAUAGAUUUAAUUUUUCUAAAAAAACAACGACUAAAUUGUUAAUUUUGUUUAGUACAAAAAAAUAAGAAAAUUUUAUAUUUACCAUGAAUAUAUAUCCAUUUUGAUUCAUAUUUUUAGCUGAUAGUACCGGUAGCUAUAGCUUUAAAUUGUAUCGUUUUUGUAAUUCAUACAUUGUAAUUUAAUUAAUAACAACUUAAAGAAAGUAAUCAAGUUAAACAAAAAUAGUUGUGUGUCAAAUUAAAAGCAAGGAAAAAAGCAAUUUGUAUGUUAAUUUUAAUAAAUUGCAAUUUAAUGUUGAAAGACUGAAUAGUAACAAAAAUGAUAGAAAACAGAAAAGGAUUCAUGACGUCGAAAUUUCUUUGAAAAUUUUGUAAAUGUGUCGCCAAAACUUGCAAAAGUUGAAACCUGUUAAAAUACAUCCUUCGUAGGUGUAAUAGGAAUUUAAAAAAAAGAAUUAAAAACGAGAGAAUGAAGAUGAAAAUUGUAUCAAUAUUUGUACAGUGUAUUAUUGGAUUUGUAAGUGCUAUAUUAUAUAUUAAAACAAACAUUGUAACUGUGUAAUUAAUCAAAAUGAAAAUAAAAAAAUAAUUUUAUAUUUUAA